AUGAGCGAUUUGUCGGCCGAAGAGUUGUCGCGAAUGGAACGGAACCGACAGAAAGCGCUACUUCUUCGGCAACAAAAGCAACAGAACCUGACAUCACAUGAGUUGUAUUCGUUGGAGUCUAAAGCCGGCGCCCAUUCGGCGACAGCCGGUUGUCACGACUCGGGCGGAGGUUUUCUCAUCGAUUCCGACGACGAAGACAUUCAACGCAACGAUAAGACGCGAACUAAUGGUCAGACAUCGGCCACUAAUGGCGGCGAUGACCCGCAGCAGCCGUUUGUAUGCCGUGAUUGCGGCCAAGAGUUCGGCAAAUCGUUUCUGUGGUCUCACUUUCGGGAGAAUACGUGUGACUCGUGUCGGGACCCGAAAGGCCGCCAUUCGUUGAUCACUCGAACGGAAGCAAAGAGUGAAUAUCUGCUGAAAGACUGCGAUUUAGACCGAAGAGAGCCGUCGCUGGCAUUCAUUUUGAGACCGAAUCCUCGAGAGUUCGCGCGACACGACAUGCGCUUGUAUUUGAGGUCUCAGGUCGAGGACCGGGCGCUUCAGGUUUGGGGCACUGAAGAGGCCAUCGAAGAGGAGAGGGAUCGCCGGUCGUCCGCCACUCAACGUCGACGACAGAAACAGUACGACAAACGGCUCAAGAGUUUGCGAAUGACUGUCCGAAGCAGUGUCUAUACGAGACCGACGGCCGCCGAUCACUGCCAUGACUUCACCGAUGAGUCAUAUAAUGAAUUGGAGGACAGGUUUGAGAAACAGUGUAAAAGUUGCGGACAUUUAGACACUUAUGAGAAAAUGUGA